AUGACAAUAAUCAACAAUAUUCUAAUAAUCGGCAUAACCGGAAAUGGAAAAUCAGCUUUAGCUAGUCUUUUGGCUGGCAACGACGAGUUUAUAACAAGUGGUUCUGGUGCUAGCAAAACUAAGCACUUUCAAGUUAGUGAAAAACCUUUUGAGUACGAAGGUAAACAGUACCGCUUGAUUGACAACAUUGGAUUUGGAGACAGUGGUAAUAUCCCAGAAGAAGAAAUUUUUUUAGAAAUAGGUGAAGGAAUUUAUUCUGCUAAAGAAGGAAUAAAUCAAGUACUUUUUGUUUUUGGAGGGAAAUUUGGUCCAGAGCAGAUAGAAACUUUUAAUAAAUUUAAAAAAUUUACUUCGGGGGGAAAAAUUAACGAAAUUGCUAAGUUCGCAACUUUGGUAAGAACUAAUUUUCCUAACUUUCAAAAUCAGAAAUUGUGCGAAGAAGAUCGACAAUCUUUACUUAACGAAAAAAAUGAAGAGUUAAAAAAGGUGAUUAGUUCUUGUAACAAGAUUAUCUACAUAGAUAAUCCACCAAUACCUAAAAUAGAUCCUAUUGGAUCAUUUAACCAAAAAUUGCCCAAAUAUUUGCAAAAUAGGAGAAUGAGAUGGUAUAUAUUCAAUAGUGUCAGAUUAUAUCGAGCAGAAGGAAAAUGGUUCAGUUAUGGAAAAAGAAAUAAAACAAAAGUAGAACAGAAAGUCAUGACAAAAACCAGAAAAAUACUUCUUAUUGGCAGAUCAGGGGGAGGCAAAUCAGCCUUAGCUAAUGUUUUGACUGGUAGAAGAGAAGUCGAUAGAAAAAAGGUGACUAAGGAAUUAGUAGAGAGCAAUGAAAAGUGCCAUAAAUGCAAACAAACCACUAUAGAAGAACAAUAUUCUUAUCUUUUUCAUGAAGAAUGUUUCAAUUUUAAAGAAAGUGCAGCAAGUGUAAGUGAAACUAAAAGAAUCCAGUUUGAGGAAUUUAUUGAUAAAGAAAACAGAUAUUUAGUAAUUGAUACUCCAGGAAUUGGCGACACUGAACUAAAAGAUAAUGAAGUACUCAACAUAAUUGCUAAGGCAGUUUAUUUAGUUAGAGAUGGAGUUGACCAAAUAUUUUUUGUUGUCGGUAGUAAGAGAUUUGAUCAGUACGAAAUGGCUACUUACAAUUUGCUAAGAACCGUUAUUUUUGAUGAAAAUAUUACUGAACACACUACCAUAGUUCGUACUCACUUUGCAAACUUUAGAAGUAAAGAAGAACGUGAAAAAGAUAUUGAUUCAAUGAAAAAAGGUUCACAAGCAAGAAAGUUUGAACUAAAAGAAAAGGUUGUUAUUAAAGAGAAAGAACUAGAAAGUCUUUCUCUUAAUAGCGAACAAUAUAAGAAAAUAUUAGUGGAAUUUGAGCAGUUAAAGAAAGAGUUGAGGUCAACUCUAGCUGAAAUAAUUGAGUCUUGCCCAAGAGUUAUUCAUGUGGAUAAUCCAUUAGUUAAUAUUGAAGAAUUAGAAGACCUAAAAACAAACAUAAAUCUAAGAACUAGGUCGCGGAGAAAACUGCUAACUCACUUAAGUAGCGAGGAUUGUCAAGGUGUUUAUGAACCCCCAAAGUUAAAAAAAUUUCGUGAAGAAAUAGCUGGUGAUUAUUACGAAAAAAUUCUAAUAGAAAAAAACGAAGAAAAACUAAAUAUUAAAAAUGAAGAACAAAUUCGAUUAUUUUCCGUUGAUGCUGAAGAUUCUGAAACUAUUGAAAUAAAAAAUAAAAAACUAGAAAGUAAAAGGGCUAGACUAAAAAGAAAAGCCGAGGGAAAGGAGAGAAUUAUUCGACAAAAAAUUUUAAAACAUAUUUUCAAUAAUUAUGUCGAAAUUAAUAAAGAGUUAGGGGGAAAUGUUUUUCUCAGUAGUGUGACUGUAGUGGAAGAAGUUUCGAAAUAUGAGAUAGGAAAACUAAAAAAAGAGUAUUCUCAGAAAUUAGGAAAGGAAACAAAUAGUUCCGAGUUAUUGUCUAUUAAUAUUAGUUUUAAAAACCUAAGUGGUUCUUUAAAACUUGAAGGUUUUUUUAAUCUAGCCGAGUUUAAUUGUUCUCAUAACCAACUAACAGAAUUAGAUUUUAGUGAUUGCGCUAAAUUAGCCGAACUUAGUUGUAGUAACAACUUUUUAACCAAUCUGAACUAUGCAACUCUGGAUCCAGUUAACCUCAUUUAUCUAAAUCUCAUUAAUAACAAUUUUUCUGAGCAAAAUUUGUCAUCGUUUAAACCCUUAAAAAAUUUAACUAACUUAAAAAUUUUAUAUAUUUCUAACACCGAUAUUAACAACGGAGUUAAUUAUUUGCCAUCUGGUUUAAAAACGAUUUGUGCUUCUACUCGAGCAAGACCAGAAGCCAAAGUUAAAGAAUUAUUUGAUUCAUUAAUUUCCCUAGGAUUCGAAUUAUUUGAUAAAAGUGGGGGAGGAGAAAAAUUAACCAGGCUAAACAUUAGUGGACAACGAUUAACUAGUUCUUUAAAAUUAGCAAAAUUUAGUAAUUUAAAGAAAUUAGACUGCUCCAGAAAUCAACUUACUAGUUUAGACUUGCAAGAUUGUAAAAAAUUAGCUAGUAAUUGUAAUGAGUUAACUAAACUUGCUUGCCAUAAUAAUCGAUUAACCAGUUUAGACGUAAGUAAUUGCAAACAGUUAGAUGCCUUUAGUUGUAAUGAUAAUCAAAUUACUAACUUAGACAUUAACAACUUAACUGAUUUAAAAGAACUUUAUUGCGGCGGCAAUAAGUUAAUCUCUUUAGAUGUAAGUGAAUGCUCGCAGUUAAAUAUUCUUAAUUGUCGUGGUAACCAAUUAACCGAACUCGACUUAAGUGGAUGCGGACAGUUGAGUUAUCUUUACUGCAUUGAUAAUCUAUUGACUAAUCUAAAUAUUAGUUGCAAUCCCCAACUUACGAGUCUUACUUGUUACGGAAAUUUUCUUAUUGACUUGGAUCUUGCAGUAUUAAAAUACUCAAAAAAUGCUCAAGGUUGCGAAGGAUUAACAGGAUCUCUAAAUUUAAGUGGUCUGGAAACUUGUACAGAAAACACAAUUAGUGCUCAAGAAUACUUUAAUCAGAAAUAUCCUUUGGACCAAAGAGAAAAUAUCAACAAUCUAUUUUUAUGGGACGAAAAAUUAGGAGGUACUUUACAUUUAGUUAAUUUAACUAAUUGCAUCAAAAUAGACUGUUCGGACAACAAGUUAGUUAAUUUAGUAAUCGAGAAUUGUCCUCAAUUAGAAGAAAUUGAUUGUUCUGAUAAUCGUUUAACUAAUCUUCAAAUUAUCAAUUGUCCUCAGUUAAGCAGACUUGAUUGUUCUGAUAACGCUUUACCUGAACUUAACUGCCAAGAACUGACCAACUUGGAACCAUUAAAAGGUAUGAGUAAUUUGAAGCACCUUCACAUUUCAAAUACAGACAUUGACUCAGGUUACAAAUACCUACCUGGAAGCAUAGAAAACAUUGAUUAUUCGAUUGAGAUUAGACCAGACAGUGGUUUAAAAAACAUUUUCAAAUUAUUGAUUUAUCCAUUUUGGCAUAUAAAGACAAGGAAGAAGGAUAAUAAGGAAUUACAACUUAGUAAACUUCCGCAACUAAGAGAAAUUGAGUGUCAUAACAAUCAGUUAACUAGUUGUGAUAUCAGUGCUUGUCCUAACUUAACUAAGUUUAUUUGCUCCAGAAAUCAAUUGCUUAACUUAAAUUUAAAUAAUAAUCCACAAUUAAAGAGACUAGAUUGUUAUCAUAAUCAGUUUACUAACUUAGACUGCAGUAAUUGCUCCCAAUUGGAAGAAUUAGAUUUUUCUAACAAUUUCUUAACAAAAAUUGAUCUCGGUAGUAAUAAGAAAUUAGUUAAACUUGAUUGCUCUUACAAUCGAUUAACUAAUCUGGAUGUUAAUGAUAACACUUAUUUAAAAGAAUUAUGUUGUUCACAUAAUAAACUUACUAAAUUAGAUUUAAGUAAAUGCAUUAAUCUAACCGAACUUUACUGUAAUUUUAAUCAACUAACUGAAUUAAACUUAACUAAUUUGAACCAAUUGGAGAUUCUUAACUGUAAUGAUAACUAUUUAAUUAAUUUAAACUUUUCUUCUCUUAAUCCUAAUAAGUUAACUAAUUUAAAUAUUAGUGACAAUAAUUUUCCUGAGCAAGACUUAAUAGUUUUUAAAAAUGUGAAUAAUCUUAACUCUUUGAAUAUCACUAACACUAAUCUUAACUCAGACUUAGAAUAUUUACCAGUUAGUUUACGGGAAAUUCAUUGUGAUAGUCUAGAGGUAUUUAAUUCUAGACAAUUAGCAAGAGAAUUAAGUGGUUAUGUUUUAAAAGAAGUCACUGCUACUGAUUACGGUUAUAAUGAACAAGACUAUAAAGAAAAAUUAAACAGUAAAGAAAAAACUACUGAGUUAGAAGAAUAUGCUACAGAGAUAUUAAGAAAUGUUUAUCAAAUAGCCAACAAAGAGAUACCAGUCGAUUUACAAGAUUCAUUAGUCUUUUUUAAAGGAUGGAUUUUAGUAAUAAAAGAAGUAGAAUUAGAAUAUAAAGAGAGUGGUAAUUAUAAGCAAUUAAUUGGUUUAUAUACUGAGUUAGAAGGGGGAGAUUUUUAUUUAAAACUGUUUAUUAUGGUAAGCAAGAAAAAAAGAGACUUUGUUGUCAAGCCCAUUCAUCCUGGAACUAUACUAAGAGAGGAAAUCUUAAUUCCUCGUGAUAUUAGUCCUCAAGAACUAGCUCAAGCUCUAAAAGUUCCUAAAGAACAAAUAAAAUGA